ACAACGUGGUCCUAUGCUGGAUUUCUGACACUCCAUCGUGAUAUUCUCCUUAAGUCACCGCCUUAUUUGGACAAAUGGUUUCAUCUCGACGGUCGCUGGGCCAGUCGUUUUUUAUACGAAGUAAAAGAACUGGAUCCAAGAGCAUUGGCUCUCUUCCCAGCCACUACCAUUGCGAUAUCAUCUUUACUUGAAGUAAAAUCUGAACGCGCAAACAAUAGAUUCCAGCUAUAUUGGGAGGAAAUUAUAUAUGAACGGAAAGAGAUAUUAGCAAAUCAAACACAUCUAAAUGCAAGUAUGGACUUGCUGGGUAUCGCUGGAAAACAAAAUUUUCAAAAAAUGACCUCUAGGGGUUGUCUAAAGACCUUCAGUGAAACCAAUGAACUACAGAUGUCAUAUACUGAACCUCAAGAAACAAUUUUAGACUUUGAAAAAAAUCCAUUUCUGGACAAAGAAAACAAGGACGAGAAUCGUGAAUUGCCGAACUACUCCAUAUCUUCCAAAUCUGAAUUAGGUGAUGCAUCUGGGUACUCCAACAAUGGAACUCUUGAUAAUCGUAAUGAGGAUAUCAAAAAAAGUCUUGAAAGUGAAGAGGAUGGUUUCAUGAACGAUCAUGCCAAAUUAGAACAUAAAAUGAACUUCCUCAAUAUGCAUAUUGAUAAGAAGUGGAGGUUGCCCUCAGGCGAUUACGUCGAAGAUAUAUUGUAUGAACAUGCAAAAGAUUUACAAUAUGAAGAUCAAUUGCAUAGCUUCAUACUCGACACCAGCAAUGAUGCCAUAAUGGAUCUUUUCAAGAAUGUUGAUGACCAUGAUCAUAUAAUUACAUAUAAUUCUUCUCCUGAACCCGAACUAUCAGAUGAGUUGAUUAAUUAUCUUAUGAGAUAUCGUAAAUUUCAGCCUAACGAAAUGCGAGAACUAGUCAAUUCUGGCAUCAAUAUUUCUCCCUAUGAUUCAAAAAAACAUUUUAAUUUUCACUAUAUCCAUCAAGUCUUUUCGCAACUCCUUCCCAGAUAUGAACUGAGACCAAAUGACUUCACAAGAGGCCAUUUAGAAGGAUGGUUUACCAGUAAUAUUUGGAGUGUUAUAGUUGAUGCCUGCUUUAUCGAUCUUGAGACAAUUGAAUUUAUCCGAGGCGAAGGCUGUUCUGGUGCAUCAAGACAGAGAAAAAACCGUGACAGAAAGAAUUCGAAGGUCAAGAAGAUCCUGGGACGCAAGUGUGAUGGGAUUGCGUGUGAUCUAGGAUCGCCAGAAGAAUUCGCAGUUAGUGAGGAAGGUCGCACUUGGACCGGAGAAGACGAUACCAAACAUCUAUCUGAUGGAUCAUUGAAAAUGCCCAAAGUAAUGCGCGAUAUGUUAUUUCAAAAAAUUAAAAAGCACGGUGUCAGUUUUGUCAAAAAGAAUCAGAUCGAAAUUGUCAGAUUUUUGCAUUCCGCUCAAUACCUACAAAUGCUUGUGAUGGAUAUUCCAUCUGGAUACAUAUGUCGGCUUCGUAGAUAUCCUCUUAGCAAGGUACCAACGGAUCUUUCUGAAAUCGAUGAUCUUAUUUCCAUGGUCUCCGAUGUGCUUAUUGCAAAGCUCCGAAUUACUCGAUGUUUGAAAUAUUCAAAUAACCCAAGUGAUAGAACUUCGAUUGACAGCAAUGAAGCUUUAAAGAAACGCUUAAAGAAAAAGUCUAUAAACCGACGACAAGAAAAUGAUGAUUAUGAAUUUCCGAGUUCACAGAAGACUCCUAAAAAAAGAAAGACAAAAAAGUCUGAAUAA